AUGCAGACAUCUCGUAAAAGUCCACUUUUCUAUCGGUUUGCAUACAGAUACCCGCGGUGGCUUAGAUCUCAUAAUCUUCAACCACUAUCAACUGCUCCGACGAGGGAUAAACGAAUUGACGUCAAUAGUGCUAUAGCAAUGGAAAAAGAAAUAAUUCGGACAGUCCGACAACCAGAAUUACGGUGCAAUAUUCAAGAUGUUUCUGCGGAAUAUUUUUCAUCACGUAUCAGACUUAUGUUGUGA